GUAAGAUAAGAAUUUGUGUUUCUAUUCAAAAAAGUGUUAAAUUUUUAACAAAAACUUGGAAAAAAACCUGGAUAUCAUCAUAAUAUUGUCUAUAUGUUAACGAGUGGUAAAUCUAAUUGAAAAAAUGAAGAACAAAUCGACCAGGCAUAAGGAUGUCAACACUUUUAAGUUUCAACCUUUCUCAGAGAGAAUAUCAAACAUCGACGUCGACAUAUUCCAUAAAGUAAACCACGAAUAUGAAUCCCAAGAGGAGGAAGGUGAAAGCCAUUUUCACCAAGCGAUUCAAAAAUGGAACGUCCUAAACUUAACAGAGGGCUAUGACAAAUUCAAAAAGAAUAUUAAAGCCCACAGUUAUAUUACUUUGCCUCAAGUUUUGUUAGGCAAAAAUGAGAUUGUUGAGGUGCUAAUUCAAUAUUUGAACGAGCCCAAUGUUUUAUAUUUGCAACCGAUUUUAGAAGUUGUAAUUGCAGUAGCUCAAGACUUACAAAAAGAAUUUUAUAUUUACUACCAAAGAUUUUUGGAAGUUAUUAUAAAUCUUUUGAAUACUAAAGAUACAGAACAACUAGAAUGGACAUUUACUUGUUUGGCUCAUUUGUUUAAAAUUCUAUGGAGGCCCAUUAUAAAGAAUAUUAAUGAAGUUUUUAGAUCCCUUUUACCUCUGUUGUCUGACAGUAAACCUGAAUAUGUUAAUUCGUUUGCUGCUGAAAGUUUUGCCUUUGUUGCCAGAAAAGUUAAGGACAAAACUGCAUUUUUGGGACUACUGUUGAAAGCUGUACAAAAAAACAAAGAUGGAAUUUCUGGUUGUGGCAAACUUUUAUUUGAAGUAAUCAAUGGCGUCAAUGGACAAUUUCACAGUUGUGCCGAUCAAUUUCUACCAUUCUACUUUGAAUCUUUGUGGAAUGAUCAAUUCCCUCGAGAUGUUUUGCAUGAAAUAUUGGAAAAAAUAAUUUUGAAUAUUGCUAAUAAUAUUCAUUUUCAAAAAAACAAAUUAGUUUGGGAUACAUUGCUCAAGAAUUUGAGUGAUGUUGAGGAGAAAUAUAAACUGGAUAAUACUAGUGAAGUUGUAUUGAAUAAUUUUGAAAUACUCUUGCAACUUAUGGGACAAAUGAUCGAAUAUAAAAGUGGGAAACUGGUGCAAGAUUCUACAGUAAUUAUACAACAGCUAGUAAAAGUGCUAGCAUUAACUAAUCUAAGAGAGAGUUUGCUUAUUAUUAUCGUACAACUAUCUAUUUCAAUACUUUUAUCAAGAAAUAUAAGGUUGCCCCAAGAACAAGCUUCACAAAUUAUAAGAAAAAUUUUGUCUUUAGAAGAAAAGAAAGUAUUAUUAUAUUUUGUGGAUAAUGUCAAUGAUAGCUCAUCAUUCGAAACAAUAAUUUUGCCAGCAUUUUUGAGAAAAUGUAGCUUGUACGAUUUUGAUGAAGAUUGUUUAUAUACUUUAACCAAGUUGGUUCUAAAAAAGGCUCAUCUGUGUCAAUCUGGCAUCAAUUUAAUACAAUGGAAAAAGUAUGCGCUGGAUUUUAAAGAAUUUAAUGGGGAAAUUUUUGAAAAAUUAAGUUCCUUUAUGAAUAUGGAAAAUUUAGAGAAAUACUUUUGUGCCUUAGUAUGUUUCCCACAUUUAGAACUAAAAGCAGAAAAAAGAAAUUUAGUUUUAAAUAAAUUAAAUGACAAUAUAAAGCUUUUAACAAAUAAAUUAGGCAAUACCGAUAAUCUAAAAGGCUGUUUGUUUUGGAUAAAUAUUUCAUUAGAAGCACUCAUUAAUCUGGAAGGUGGAGCUGAAGUAUUGGAAAAAAAUUUCGAGAAUUUAUACAACACACUACUUCAAUAUGCAGCAAAUGUGGAUUAUUUAUUGGCAUUGAAAUCUUUAGAUCUAAUUUUCACAGCCUUGAAAGAAAGCAGUGACGUUAUAAAUAUGGGAGUGCUGAGCAAAUUAAAUGGAGUUUGUGAAUGUAAUUUUAAUAGCCCUUAUCAUGAGCAAAGGCAUCUAACAUCUCACAUAUACACGCUGUUUGAAACCCUACCAGAAUUUCAACUAAAACACACGGAUAACCCUGAAGUUCCUGCAGAACCUUUUAAAAUAUUCUCCCUUAUUCACCAAGUUGAAUCAAUAGAACCUUUAGUGCAAACUUACCGAGACCAAUUGCAAAGGCUGGAAAAACUUACCUUCGACAAACCUCAAAUGAUCAUGUGCAACAAGACUGAUUUUAGGCUUAUUCCGCUACGCUAUUUGUGUGGAGUUUUGUACAUGAACUUCAAGUUACUUUGGGAGCCUGUUAGUAAAAUUAUAGAGUCUCAGGCUCAUGGAUUGGAUGGAAAUCUUUUUUGGGACAUUUUUGGUGUAGAAUUAAAGCAGGUUGUAGAACAUAUAAAAGUCAAGCCUGAAAUUAAAAUUGAUGUAAUAGUGACUGAUUUUGAUGUUUUGGGAGAUUAUUAUCAGGAGUCUCAAAAAGUUAGUAGCAAAUGUGAUUUUGUAAAUUAUCGACUAUUGUUAUGGAAAACUUUGGGACUUUGUGCUGAUAUAGCUGAAGCUAGAACCAGAGAUGUUGCUCAAUUACUAUUAGAUUUUAUCGAAAAGGAAUAUACAAAUACAAAUGCAGAAAUGGCUACAACUUGUAAUAUAAAAACAUUUUCAGAGGAAGAAAAAGAGCUUGAUAAUUCUGUUGUAAAAAGGGAUACAGAAUCGGGCAAAUUGGGAAAGAAAAUUACAAUUAGAACACUACUUCUCAAGCUAUCAGUAUUUGCCCAAUUUAAAAGUCCCAAAUCAAUGUAUCGAGAAUCAGAAUUGUACAGAUUAUACUUUGAAUUUUUAAAGCAUAAAAACCCAGAUGUACAAAAAGCUGCCCUAAAUUGUCUGAUGACUUAUAAAUUCAAGUAUUUACUUCCAUAUAAGGACCAUUUAUAUAAUCUUGUAGAUGAAAAUAAUUUCAAAAAUCAAAUAUCCAAUUUCCGAAUAGAUAAGGAAAGUACAGAAAUUUUGGUAGAUCACAGAGAAAAUCUUAUUCCUGUUGUUCUACAAAUAGUCUUUAGUAAAAUGAGCACCAAAACCGGUAUGAGAACUGGAGGCAAAGCUUCAGGACAAAACAGACGAAGCUUGAUCUUGAGAUUUUUAGCCGGAUGUGAAGAAACUGAAAUGCUUAGCUUUGUACAAAAAUCUUUUGCAACUUAUAGUAAAUAUUUGCAAGAAAACGAUUUGGAUUUAAUAAAAUCAAUAGUGGAAAAUGUUGAUUUGGAAAAGUGCCUCGCGCCUAAAAAAUUGCUAAGCACUAUCAAUUUAUUGAAUGUAAUUUUGGAUCAGUUUGGUGGUUUGAUGGGCGAUAAGUUACUUACCUACUUGAUAAAAAUAUUGCUUGUUGUUGGAUCAAUGGUUAGAGGAAUUAUGGUGCAAAUUGAAAAGGUUCAUUCUGGAUAUCUAGCAAUUUUAAGAAACGUCAGAACAUCUUCAAUAAAAACCCUCGAAAGGUUCUUUGAACAUUUUGAUAAAUAUCCUUGGAGCCCCACCCAGAUAAACGCCAUUUUUGACACAUUUGUGUGGCCCUAUUUGGACAAACUAACCAUUGAAGGUAUCCACAGCCCUACAGCUUUGUUAAAACUUAUCAAACAAUGGGGCUGCAAACCUAGAUACUUCAAGCUGCUCAAUAAAUUUAGAGAAGAAGACAAAAGCCAGUAUAUUUUGCCUCAAGUUUUUAAGCUUUUAGUUAACGAAAAGAGUAAUAUUUUGGUUGUAAAUGUAAUCUAUGAAAUAAUAGAAGCGUUGCUCAAAUACGAACCAUCGGAAGAAGAAUUGGAAUCACAAAUUGAAGUAGAUAACGUUUUAUCCAUUGACAAAAGCAUUUUAGAUAAAUGUAAACUUAACGAAAAGCUCAAUUAUGGAAGUUGUAUACUUUUGCCACACGUCCCAACAGUUUUAGAACGAAUUAAACGAAAACUUGAAGGCAAAAAUAAGUCUUUGAACAGAACAGAAUUAUUUAUUCUAUGCAGGAUUUCAGAAUUAGUUUGGGAAAGUUCCAUAAGCAACUCCAUCUUACAGCUUUUAAUGCCCAUUGUACUAAAAAAGUCCUCCUCAGACGAAGAAGUUGUCAUUCAACAUUUAACAACCGUUCAUAAUUUGCUUAAAAACAUUGAAAAACCUGAGAUUCAUUUAAGAAAUCUUACACCACUAUUUGGUGAAGUUGCCUAUGCUUCAUGCCGCAAGAUUUUAGUUAAAUCCUUGGAACAUAUUUCAAAUAAAUCUAAUGAUAUCGAUACAGCAUCAUUUUUAAUUGGAGAAUUGAACGCGUUUGAUGCUAAAUGGAUAGAUCAGCCAGAUUUUGAUAGAAGACACGAAGGUUUCAAAAAAAUCCAAGAUUUAAUUAAAGAAGACAAAAUCGAUGUGUCAUUUGGCAGUCUUCUAGUUUAUAAUUUAUACUAUUCAAUGAGAAAUGAAAAAGAUUUGUCUUUAAAGGAUAAUGCUUCACAUACACUAAGAACAUUGUGUCCUUAUCUAAUAAACAAAUUCCAAAAAAAUCCAAAAGAUUUAGAAUAUAUUUUAAACGAUUGCAUAUUUAGUUUAAUUAAAAACGGCAUGAGAACCAAUAAUAAUACAGAUUUAAGAAAUGAAUGCAUUUCUUUAUUAGGAUGUUUGGCAAGAGAUUGCCCUGAAAGUCAUUUCGCUUUAAGAGAUUUAAACAAAUUCACAAAUAAAUCGGAUCUUGAAGUAGAUUUUUUCGAAAAUUUAACUCACUUACAAAUACACCGACACGCUAGGGCUAUGACCAAAUUCUGUCAAAUAAUCAGAGAAGAAACUGUAGCUCCAAAUCCAAAAACCAUUACCCAGUUUUUGCUGCCACUGGCAACCUAUUAUAUAUGCUCGGAAAAGUUUUCCGGCAAAAAUGCCGUUAUUGAUGCUGCAAUUGAAAUGGUUGGAGUUAUUUGUAGAAUAACUCCGUGGCAUCAAUAUGAAGGAAUGUUGAAGUAUACAUUAUCAAAGUUGAGGUAUAAAGUUGAAUUUCAAAAGCAACUAGUGCGAUUGGUUGUGGCGAUUUUGGAUUCCUUCCAUUUUGAUUUGAGUAAAGGAUAUGUUGAGGAAUUGAAAAAUAAUUUUGCUAAUAAUGAUAAACCUAAUAAUGAUGUCGUUGAUGAAAAUAAAGAUGUUGCUGUUGAGGAAAUACUUGAGGAUGUAGAUGCUGACCUAAGUGAUUCAUUGGAUGAAGGGUUUGAAGAUAAUGAGGAAAGUGAUGAGAAUGAGGAAGAAAAGGGGGAUAAACCAGGGAAAAUUAUUGACAAAAUUACAGUUUUGUGCAAAUCUACUGCUACAAGAGUAAUUAAAACUAUCCAGGUUGUUCUUCUGCCUCAGCUCCAUAAAUCAUUAGCCGAAUUAACUCAGUAUGAUAAUUCUCAUAAGGUGAAUAGGAAAAAAACUGGAUUUGAAAGGGAAGAAGAAGAUUUGGCUAGAGUUCCUAUUUCUUUGGCUGUUGUGAAACUACUACAAAGAUUACCAAAGGAGAUUCUCGAUUUAAAUUUACCAGGAGUUUUCCUGAAAAUAUGCACCUUCCUCAAAUCUCACUUAGACUCCGUAAGAAGGAUAGCAAGAGAAACUUUGCAAAAAAUUAUGCUUGCUUUGGGACCUAAAUAUUUGAAGUUACUUUUAGGGGAAAUUGCUCCCCUAAUGAGCAGAGGGUAUCAAGUACAUGUAUUGGUUUUUACAGUACACGGUGUAUUGAAUUGUUUGAAAGGAGCUUAUCAGGCACAUGAUAUCGAUGAGAUUCUACUGACAGUUUUGAAUUUAUGUACUGCAGAUUUGUUUGGUAUCUUAUCAGAAGAAAGAGAAGUAGUGAAAAUCACUGCCAAAGUCGCCGAAGCAAAAUCAACAAAAAGCUAUGACACCCUACAAAUUCUCGCCCAACACAUUACCGAAAAAUGCCUCAUGGACAUGAUUUUCCCUGUGAAAAAACUUUUAGAAUCUAACCACAGUUUUAAAACGGUCAAUAAAGCUCAGGAUGCUUUAAGACACAUAUCUUUAGGUCUUGUAGAUAAUGAAUUUGUUUCUGUAGAGUCAUUACUUAAAUUUGCUUAUGGUACUUCAGCACAAAAAAUACCAUCGCUUUUACCUAUUAAAAAGAAAAUUCCAAACAAAAAUGAUAAAGAUACAAAAAUUGAAAGAGAAGAUUGCUAUAUCAUACCAAAAAUACCUGGCAAUAGGGCGGCUUAUAGAGAAUUGAAUGUAAAAACAUCUUCGGAUACUAACGCACAUUUGUUAGUUGAGUUUGGUCUGAGGCUAUUUUUUGUAAUGUUAAAACGAGACAAGAUCAAGAAUAAAGAGUAUAGGCCUUUUAUUGAUCCGUUUGUGGCUAUAUUUAGGAAUUGUUUGAAAUCCAAACAUGUUAAGUUGUGCUCAUUGACUCUUCAAUGUCUGCAGUGGGUGAUGAAAUAUGAGUUACCUUCAAUGAAACAAAGUAUUAAACCAAUCACAAAAGAAAUGUUUUCUAUAUUACAUAAAUUCGCUGCUUCUGGACUAAGCAAAGGAGACAAUUUUGAUUUAGUGGUAGCCGCUUUCAAGGCUGUGGCAGUUCUAGUACGCGACGUCCAAUACUACACUGUGGACACUAACCAAUUAAAAGUAUUAUUAAUGUACGUAGAACAAGAUAUGCACGAUCACGACAGACAAGCAACAGCGUUUGGCUUGUUGAAAGCUAUUAUAUCACGAAAAUUAAUAGUUCCUGAGAUUCAUGAGGUUAUGUCCAAAGUGGCCGAGUUGAGUAUCACUGCUGAGUUGAAUUAUGUCAGAUCACAAGCGAGGUCAGUUUUCCAUCAAUUCAUUAUGGAAUACCCACUGGGAAACGCUGUAGAAAAGCAUUUGAGCUUCUACAUUUCCCAAAUGAGCUUCGAUAUGCAAUAUGGACGAGAAUCUGCUAUUGAAAUGAUCAAUUUGUUUAUCAAUUCAUUUCCACUGCCAGUCCUAAAAAACCACAGCGGUACCCUCCUCAUAACUCUAGGAGCCAGAUUGGUCAACGACGAAGUUCCAGAAUGCAGAAAAAUGGUUGCCGAUUGCAUAUCUUCAAUGCUUCAAAAAUUCCCAAAAACUGCCAGGGAUCCUUUAUUUGAAAUUUUGACUUUAUGGCUAAAAGACAAAGAAUUGAGUCAUCGCCGUUUGUCAGCCCAACUUUGUGGAAUCUUCGUUACAGUCGAAAAAAGCGAUUUCGAAUCUCGUUUACCAGAAGCUGUGCCUCUUAUUCUAAAACAAUUCGGUUUGACCAAUCAAAGCCCAGGAAAAUUCGUAAAACUUAACAAACAGAAAGACCUCCCUGAAGAAAUGCAGCGCUUGAAGGACCACCAUCACUAUCAAGUAUUGCAACUGAUUUUAAAAGUUUGUGCCCAUUGUCCAGCAUUUUUGAAAAAUACUGAAGCCAUUGAAAAUUUAGCUUAUUACACGCAAACCUUGUUGGCCUAUCCCCACGAUUGGGUGCGUUUAUCGGCAGCGCAAUUUCUAGGUUUUAUUUUAUCAUCUAUGGAUGCUGAUAAAUUAGCAACAUUGCUGUUAAAUGGAGAAUCACUAGCUGGAUAUCUUUUCAGUGAUCCAGAGAAUUGCAUUAAAAGCUUAACAUUAGAUUUAUGUGAUCAGUUGCAGCCUGGUGAUAUUAAUAGCGAUAUGGCAGAACAAGUUAUUAAAAAUUUAGUAUUUAUUGCACGAGUUUUGCAAAAAAUCCCAUUUGAUUCUAAAAUAAGCAUUAAUUUAUUGUGGCUCAGUAAAAGGAUGCGUAAAAUUGUCAAUGCUGAGGUUAUUGAAACAAGUGAUAGCACUAUUUUGAGGAUGGAAGUUUUCAAAUGGAUAGCUGGUGUAGUGACUGCAUUGGAUAUAGAAAAUAUUCGGCCUGUGGUGCAUCACUUAUUAGCUCCUUUAGUAAGGGAAAUGAUUACUACUGAAGAAAAAAAUGCCCCUCUAAGGCAACUGGGCAAAGAAGUGGCUGGUUUAUUUAAAAAGAAACUAGGCAUUGAGGAAUAUAUGAAAAUAUUGCAAAAGUUACAGCAAACUUUAACAGUGAAAAGGGCUGAAAGAAAAAGGGAUAGAAGUCAGUUGGCCAUUACUGAUCCAGAAGUGUACGCCAAAAAGAAGAUUAAAAUACAUGAGAAGAAGAAAAUUUCCAAGAAAAGAAAGUUGGAAGAAAUUAGAGGAAAGAAGAGUUUUAAGAGGAAAAGGGUGGUUGAUUUGGAAGUAGAUAAUUAAGAAAUCAUGUAAAUAUGUAUUUUAAAUUUUGUAAGAUACAUUUUAUAAUAAUUGUGAUAAAUUUUAUAUGUAAAUAGAAAUACAAGUUUGUUUUUGACAAAAAUAAUUUUUUGUAAUGAAUACCUACUAAACUAUAACAAAAUAUUUUAGGAACAAUUUCCUCUCUUGAUUCUCCAUUUUUGCGCGUUCACUACGGUGGAUGACAUUUUUUCCGAAAUUCCAUUAGACCAGGCAAAUUUUAUAUGAAAUAUCUUCUUGUCCCUUGGAGCAAUUUAAACAUUUUUUUUUUCUUCACGGAAUUUGAGCUAAAAAUUACAAAGAAAUUGACUUUUAUUUUAGAUAUGACCAAGAUAUAAAUUUCCUAAAAAUAAAAAAAAAUAAAUAAAAACGAAAAACGAAACAAAAACUCAGUCAUUGAAAUGAUCCUCGUCUAGAACACAAUAGUCUAGGAAAAUUGUCGAUUUUCAACAAAAAAAAUCCUAGCCAAAAGAACUUUUCAGGAAUGAUAGGGGGAGGGUGGGUGAUCAUAAAACCGAAAAUAUCAAACAUUCACCCCUCUGGCGUUUUGCGCUAUAGGGGUUGAAAGUGCGCCAUUGGCGAUUACUUGGUACCUAUUGAUUUUACAAAAAAAUGUUUGAAAUAAAAGAUGUGCAACAUUAUUUGAUCUACAAUGUUUAUCUGAAGAAUUUUUUUAUUAAGGGCCAUCUGUGGUCAUAAGGGCCGUUUGAAAUUUUAUAAUGAAAAUGAAAAAUUUUAACCAACGUGAAAAAAAUUUCUACAACACAUACAACAUUUUUGCUUUAUGAAGUUUUUACUCACCCCCUGCCG